AGAUGCAAACACCUCCUUUUUUGCUUCAAUCCUGUUCUUGUUCUUGUGAGGAAUGAGUGUCUUCUGAGUUGGAAGAGCAUACAGUUUUGUCAAAGUUUGAUAUAUCUCCACCUACAGUUCCUUUGUUUCACCAGUUCGUUAUACUCUAAAUGCUUUAUUGACACUAAACUUGUAAAUAUUUCAUUAUGGGAGCAGCAUUUUUACCAGUUGCCUUUUUCACAGUUCUGUGGGGCAUUGUCGGUAUUGGACUACCCUUCAUAGUUCCCAAAAGUCCACAUCGAGGAAUCCUGCAACUCAUGUUAAUGUUGACAGCUUUCACAUGCUGGUUGUUCUGGCUGACAUGUUACAUGGCUCAGAUGAACCCCCUCCUUGGACCAAAACUUUCGAAUUCAACAUUAUUAUUGAUGGCCAGAGAGUGGGGUUACCCUGUUGGGUCAUAGCUUUCACGGUUUUCGAGACAAAUUUCUUCUCAAUACGAGAUGCACCACCAUUCCAAAUAACCCCUGGUCUCCGUAAUGUUUAUUAUAAUUAUUUUUCCUUAAGAAUUUUGCUCUUUAUUGUUUCUCCUAGAUGUAUAUAUUCAUUGUAAACUGUAUCACUGAUCAAUUUUAAAGUAAGUAUUAGAUCCAACCGAUUUAAUUGAUUUGUCACCCUUGCAUUAGUCGAUACAUGGAUGUUCAGUGGUUUCAAUGUAAACAAACUCAUAACCCCAAGAAUAAAUUCGCUAUUGUGUAUUUAAGGUGUCAAUUCAUAAUAAAUUUAUCUCAGUAACUCAUAGAACACUCAAUGAUUCAUCCAACAGCAGAAAUUCUUAUCGCAAGAACACUCAAACGCAAUUAAGUCUCCAUUUAUAGGAUGACAAAGUUAUUUUUUGUUGACAUUGGAGUCAUCAGACAGCGAUUUGUAUUGAAUGCUGUAGCUCCUAUCUCAGUCUACCAUCAGUUUUUUCAUUUUUUUCUUUUCCUUUUUUAUUUAAAUAUUGAUUGUCUCGCAGUUGUGAAUGCGCUAGCUGCAUACUGAUUUUAUUUGAGUGAGAAGGAAAUUCUCCCAGGUUUCACAAGCAUUAGCAAGGAAGUAUUAUUGUAAGCUUUAAAAGUAUUUUGAAUGGUGAAAGUGUAAUUAAGUGGAAAUUUUUCCCCCAUUUUCUUCUUUCUUUUAUUUUCAAAAUGAAAAGAGUAGUAGUAACAGCAUGUUCGCACAACAAGUCUCUGAAAGCUUUUAUCAGUCAUCAGCAAAUCUUAAGUUGUUGAGCAACGAAAACAAGUGUGUUAUGUUUAUCUCUACAAAUUUUUCUUUGAUUACAUGUUCGUUUGGAGAGACUUUCAAAUCAAUCAUUCUAUUAAAUUACACCAAAACUGAUGAUAGGAAUAUCAUGCAUUACACCAAAACUGAUGGUAGGAAUUUUAAAAACAUCAUAUAAAUUGUUUCCCUUGACCAAGAUAUUCACUCCUAAUGUUUUUCCAUGUGGAAGCUAUCCUCUGGGUAUCAAGGUGCAGAAUCGCCGGUGAUUUCAGUAUUUUGUUUAAAAGGAAAGAAAUCAGCCAAUCUGCAGCAAAACUACAAGUCCUCUGUGAAUUAUCUCAUACAACCAUAUGGAGGUGGCAUAGACUGUUGGUUCUUUUUUGUCUUAUCCAUUUCAUUUCUUUUUCAUGAUAUUCGAAGUGAAUGAAUUUUGUUGUUUCGGUUCUACUAACAAGUUUGGAUCAUAUUUGUUUUAUCUUUAAGUUGUUGUUUUCUUCUUAGUAAAAAGUAUCCAAAAGCAAAA